CAUAAGCUCACAAAGAUUCAGUAGCGAGUAUAGUUUGUGGCGGAGACGUCUCUUCAACAUUUCUUCCUCUCAUGUUUGCUUUUGCCGAGUAGCAGAGCAGCUCUGCCUUCUGUGUUCAUGGGGGCCACGUGCAACUCCAUCGGGCCUCACGUGAUCGGAUCCUCGGCGGUCGUUGAACUUCCCAGACAUCCUAACCGGACCGGAGCUCCGUUUUUGGUCCGGGUCUCCACGAGGAGCUGCAGUGGAGGAGGAGGCGUUGUAUCGGCAUCCAUCUGCAACGAGGAGGGUCCUUCUUGUAUCUACGUUGGCCCAAUUGAGACUGCCAGCAAAGAAACUCUUGAAGCUCUUUAUCGCCAAGCCAGGGAUGCUUAUUACAGUGGCACACCUCUGAUUGUAGACGACAUGUUUGACCGAGUAGAGUUAAAACUACGGUGGUAUGGUUCCAAAUCUGUUGUCAAGUACCCUCGUUGCAGUCUUAGAGGACAAUCAACCUAUUCAGAUGCAGAGGAAGAUCUUUCGCAGGUAUUUGCCUUAGCAAGUAUAUGGAUCCUGAUUUUUGCAUUUGGCAGUUCAGCAUGUCUUCUGCCUGCAAUCUACACUUUCAGUCUAGCGUAUCAAGAUUCGUUCUCAACAAUCUCCUACACAACUCAAGCUUCUUCUCUAGGAUUUCUUUCCACAGUGAAUGGAGUUCUCUUAAUGGCACUGGGGUCCGUGAUUGGCUAUCCAGUUGCAUCAGCUGCUGUGAGAGUACUUCAAGGACUCUGGAGGAGUGACUUAGUAGCGCUGAAGGGACCGUGCCCAAAUUGCUCAGAGGAGGUAUUUGCAUUUGUGAAAUCAGAUAAAUCUAUUAUCUCUCCACAUAGAGCAGAUUGCCAUGUAUGUGAAUGCACUUUGGAAUUCCGCACCAAGGUUGAGCAAUCAAUCUCAAGAUUAGGCAGACAAUGGGUUUAUGGCCGAAUUUAUCUUGUGUCACGAAGAGGCAGAAAUUGGCGUUAGAGAUAGUAGGUCCCUGCUUGUUCAUAUAACCUUUAGGUGAGGGGUAAUACAGUGCCAAUUCUUUACUCCAUAUAAGAGUUAACUUGCUUUUGUUUUGCAACUUCUUGUUCUGGGGUUAAAUUCUGACCAAGAAAAGAGAUUUUUGUGAUCUGAAUAAACUGCUAAGAUGUUGACAAUGAUCUUCUGUUGCAAAUCAGUAUAUGUUCAGCUCCUAUUGCUUGA